CCCCAUUUCCGCGUUUGAAGACCAUUACAUCCUCUCCUUUUCGUUCCUUUUCCUUCAACUCGCUCGAGUGUCAAGUCUCUCUCUCUCUCUCUCUCUCUGAAAUGGCGAACGAAAUUCGUUUCUUCGAAUUGAACACCGGAGCUAAGAUCCCGUCGGUGGGCUUGGGCACAUGGCAGUCUGAUCCUGGUGUCGUAGGCGAGGCCGUCGCGUGCGCCAUUAAGGCUGGAUACCGCCAUAUUGAUUGUGCUCAAAUUUAUGGCAAUGAGAAGGAGAUUGGUUUGGUUUUGAAGAAGCUCAUUGAAGAUGGCGUAGUGAAGCGUGAGGAUUUGUGGAUUACCUCAAAACUCUGGUGCACUGAUCAUGCCCCAGAAGAUGUACCAAAAGCUUUGGGCAGAACUUUGAACGACUUGCAGUUUGACUAUGUUGAUUUGUACCUUAUUCACUGGCCAACCCGGAUGAAAAAGGGUUCUGUUGGUUUUAAGCCUGAAAACCUUACUCAACCAGAUAUACCUAGCACAUGGAAAGCAAUGGAAGCACUCUAUGAUUCUGGCAAAGCUCGAGCUAUUGGUGUAAGCAAUUUCUCUAGCAAGAAGUUGGGGGAUCUGAUAGAAAUUGCUCGUGUUCCUCCUGCUGUUAAUCAGGUGGAAUGCCAUCCUUCAUGGCAGCAGACCAAGCUGCGAGCAUUUUGUAAAUCCAAGGGGGUCCACCUAUCUGGGUAUUCACCAUUGAGUUCUCCUGGUACAACAUGGCUUAAGGGUGAUGUUCUCAAGCAUCCAAUUCUAAAUAUGGUUGCUGAGAAAGUGGGCAAGUCUCCUGCACAGGUUGCUCUCCGAUGGGGCCUGCAAAUGGGCAAUAGCGUGCUACCCAAAAGUACAAAUGAAACACGGAUCAAGGAAAAUUUUGAUGUCUUUGACUGGUCUAUACCUGAUGAUUUGUUUGUGAAGUUCUCUGAAGUGGAACAAGUAAGUUUUGGUUUGUUACCAACCUCAUUAGUAUUAUGGGUGCAUUGCCCCAUGUUUUUGAUCUUCGUCGAGGGUUUAUGCCUCAGUUGUGGUUAAAUAGUAAUGGCCUUCAUUUACAGUAUGUCAGACCCCCAUCACAUUGCAUGUUUCUUUGUUAUUCUAUUUUUUUUUUUUUGUAAUUAUUUUUUCCACUGCAAGACUUUCUCUCUCUUGGACACAUGCACACAUAUAGGUAUGGUGCUAUGAAGAUAAUGCAAUGAUUUUUUGACUCUGCAGGCAAGGCUGAUUAGAGGGACUUCAUUUGUCCAUGAAACUCUCAGCCCAUUCAAGACCUUUGAGGAGUUAUGGGACGGUGAAAUCUAAAGUUGAUAUUUUCAUUAAUGAAAUGAUGGGGCCUUUGAGGAGGGUUGUUGGUUCAUUUCUGUUUACAUAGCUUGAUCAAACCACUCAAAAUAGAUAUGUUAUUUGUGCAAUUUGUUUGCCAGUGAAACUUUGAAAGGUUGGCACUUGGGCUUUGCUACUCCCUUUUCUCUCAUUUGUGCUAAAUUUGUUUUUACUUGGUGGAUAUCUUAGACAACGUUCAUUCA